GCUCAAGACGUCCAGUUAUAAUGUGUGUUAUCAUAAUUUAGAGGCAUCAUAGGCCCCAUCCUAUCUCGCGCUUGCCUGGCUUUGCGUGUGUGCACUGUGUAGUCUCCAGCAGUUAUGAACCAGACCGCAGGCUCCGGAUCUCUGCCACUUGCCUCCCCGCCGCGGUGUCCCCCAGCAACGCAUUCGCCUACCGAAGCGGCAAAGAAGGUAACCAGCGAAUGCCAGAGGCGCCGCCGUCGGCAUCAAACACCUAUUCUAUCGCUAGCCGCCCAGCACCGACCACACGCCGCGGCGUUACGCCCUGCAGCGCCUUGAACCAGCCAACUGCGUGUACCAGUACGAUUAGUGCGAAUACAGAGCAACAGCAUCUCGGAAACGGCAUGUCGGUGGGCGACGAGAGCAACGGUAGCGGUAGUAGCAACAAGAGCGCAGCGACAGACGUCACUAAGGACGAUGCAGUCGUGGACGGCACCUGUCCCGUUGAGGAGAGCGAGCCUGUGCCGCCACCUCGCAAGCGCCUCGUUCGCCGCGGCGAAGUGAACUGCCGUUGGCUAUAUAACCAGGUCCAGGCCUCGCGCGGCAUGAUCCUCAUCGACACAAGGACCCGAGAGGAGUACGAGAAAGACUCCAUUCCGUCCGCUAUCUCUAUCCCUCCCAUGAAAGGCUGCAAAACGCUAGAAGACGUAGAGAGCGAACUACUUGAAGAGCAGCGGUAUUUGUUUUCCAGUAAGAAGAGGAAACUACGCGACGUCGUUCUGUUCGGAGACGCAGUGAAGAAAAGCUCAGCGGAUGAUGCGAAUGACUCCAAGACCUGCAAAUGGCUCAGGAAGCUCGAGAAACUCAUCAUCGAGGACGGACUUGUAACCAGUGUCAAGUUGCUGAGUGACGGCUUCCUCACGUUUAAGUACCGCUACCCAUUCUACACCACUUCGGCAAUGCUAGACGAGAUUUCGGGGCAGUUGACGCGAACCAAGAGCGGUACUCACAACCUGAACUAUCCCAACGAGAUUCUGGAGGGUUUCCUCUUUCUAGGCAAUAUGUGGCAUGCGCAGUCCAAGCAGGUGAUGUCCCAUUUGGGUAUUACGCAUGUUGUCAACGCCAGUCUAGACGUGGGUAACACGUUUGAGAGCGAUGGAGUUAAGUACCUGAACGUCACCAUUAAAGACCGACCGGAGGCAGAUAUUGGCUCGUACUUCGACGCCGCUUACAGGUUCAUUGAGUCCGCCAAGCGUACGCAGCAUGGCCGAGUUCUGGUCCAUUGUACGCAGGGCAUUUCACGCUCGGCCACCCUUGUUAUCAUGUAUUUAAUGCGCGCCAACAACUGGUCGCUCGUCACGGCUGUGAAUUUCGCCAUGGCUAGCCGUGGUGUCGUCUAUCCGAACCAAGGGUUCGUCAAGUCUCUUAUGGUGGAAGAAUUCCGACUAUACAAGGGCAACAGCAUCACACCGGACGAAGUAGACACGAUGUUGCAGAACUUGAUCCCUGAUCGACCUGUGCCCCUGCAGGUCCACUCGAACAGGACGGAAAAUUGCUCUCGCUGCCGCAAAAUGUUCUCGUUGCUGGAGUGGAAACACAAGUGCAGUUACUGCCGCAAGGCCUUCUGCAGCAAGUGCACCAACACACGACUGGCCAAUCCGGAGCGCGAGAAGAGUGCAGCUAGUAAUGGCGCGAUCGAUGAGCAGCGACCGCGUCGUGUGUGUCAAGUGUGUGUGAGCAGGUUGUGGCAGAUCAACCUCCCGCGUUCGCGCAAGGGUCUCCAACCUCGAAUGCAGCGUUGCAAGCACUUGAACGUAAACAGUUUAUCGACAUUUGGACGCACAGUGUGCAUCUCGUACUUUGAGGGAACAGAACCUCAGGUUAUCAUGGACGUGCUGAAGAUUCGCUUCGGUGUCAAGGAGAACCAGAUUAUUGACAUUUCUCGGGAUGAUGGCGAGCCCAUUCGCACUGUGGAGGAGAUCGUGGGACUGCCGGAUGAGGCCGAGGUGUUCGUCUCGGUAGGUAAAGCCGGCAAUAUUCAGGAAUACAGCCAACGCGGAACCAAGCAGCUGAACGGGUCAUCUACGCGGUACGCGAACGGUAAUCACCGUCAGCAAUACGCGCGCCAUCACCAACAGGAGCGUACGCGCCAGCAAUUCCGACGGGAGCUGCAGUCGCCUCGUGACCGAUUUUUCCGCGAGCGUAGUUCAUCCGAGGGCAUUGUUGAUACGCUACAGCAAAUCGAGACGUCCGGUCGUCCCCCUGAUGCCCCUCGUACGCGGUCUUUCCAAAUGGAGACGUGCAAUGUCGAGGCGAAUACCGCAGUACCCUCAAUUGAGGACCCCGAAGUGGCAGAGCGGAAGUUCCGCGAGUUGUGGAAGCUGUCGUUCCCGUCCAUGGGCCUCAUCGAGCGUGCUGCUCUACUGAAGAUCAAGCGACCGGAAAUUCUUAUGGACGUAAUGCUUGGAAUGAGCAGUCUCUCUUGUGGCGCGCUGACACUGCAGGAGUUCAGCCAGCGCCUAAUUGAGUUGGGAUAUGCUGACUCGGAUCGCCAAGCCGUGAUUUCACUCCUGGACACAGCUCGACGUGCCACAGGACGUGUGGUGGGCUGAUUGCAUGAAUCUUGAGACGAACUUAUAUACUAGAAAAAAGAGCGACGCAUAUUGAAGGCCUUGGUAGGAUAAGUAAUUUAUUUUGAAGCUGCUUCAUUUCCUUUUGAGUCGCUCCCACUUUAACUCGAA